UAUUCCCCGGCCCUUUGAAUCCGAGAGCUGCUCUUCAGUACUUACACAACCUAUAAGCCUUCCUCUUUCCUCACAAGUGUAGAUAUUUAUCACUUCACACAGCAAGCGACAAAAUGGUUGAUCCCCGCCCAUACCACGUUCUCAGCUACGGCACCCUGUUGGGCGUGCAGAUCUAUCAGUCCUUCGUGUCGGGAGUCAUUGCGUUCAAGGCCCUGCCCCGUCCGCAGUUCGCGCAGCUCCAGACGGCCACGUUCCCCAUCUACUUCUCUCUCCAGUCCGCGCUCCCUGUCGUCGUGGCGCUGACAGCCAGCCGGGCGGGACAGCUGCACGGCAUCUCCGGUCUUUUGGAAGCUGAGAACCGCGGCACGCUCCUGUCCAUGGCCACCGUCGCCAUCGCCAGCUUCGUCAACUUGACCGUCCUGCGUCCGAUGACGGUCAACGUCAUGCGCGAGAGGAAGCACCAGGAAACUCGCGAUGGCAAGAAGAGCUAUGAUCCGGCUCCCCAUUCCAAGGAGAUGGUCGCUCUCAACAAGAAGUUCGGCCGUCUUCAUGGCAUCUCCAGCUUGGUUAAUCUGGUUUGUCUUGGUGCGACGGUCUACUACGGUGCUGUGCUCGGAAAGCAGUUGGCGUAGUUGUAGUCUGGCUUGUCUGGUUUUCUCAAGGACAUUGGGGGGUGA